UGGUUAGCAGACAAGGUCACUUCGUGACCUCUUGCCUGUGUUUGAUUCAAUAGUUGUAGUUUUGAGCAUUUUGAGGUAUCAUGCAGUUAAUAUCUUGUUUCGAAUAUAAAGCUGUUUUAAUAUCACACACUUAUUACCGCCAUUAAACUUUCAAAUACAUUCGGGAACGCUGUACCUACUUCGUCAAAACAAAACGCGUUUCAAGACUAUACACUAACCUACUGAAAAAUAAAUGUUAUGUGAUGUGUGAUUCAGUUUUUCCCCAUAAUUGCAAGUUUUAUUUCAGUGCAGAGCAGUCUCGCGUUAAGUGGAAGGAGUCCAUAAAAAGUAUCUUAGUCGUUCAUAAAUUUUGUGAUCUCAAUGUUAUUGAAAGUUUGAAAUCGUUUGUUCACUACGUGCUAAAGAAGUGGGAUCUGACUAUCUAUUUGGAGUCGAUUACGUUAGAUGAACUGAAGAGUGAUGAUUUAUUCUACCCAAUUAUCCAACAGUACGUAAAUUUGGGUAACGAUGAAUUCAAGCAAGUCACUAUUGAACAUGAUGUUUCCAGACUUUGUGAAAAUGCAGCAGAAAGUUCCUCUAAAAUUAAUGAAAAAAGCUCGAUCAGGAUCUUUGAUCAUACUGUGCGAAAUAAAAUUGAUUUAAUUGUUUGUCUUGGUGGUGACGGGACUCUUUUACAAAUUGGAUCGAUGUUCCAGGGGAUUACUCCUCCCGUCAUCGCUUUUCGUCUGGGCACACUUGGAUUUCUGACUCCGUUUCCUUUCAAAAUGUUUAGAACCCAAAUGAAGAGUGUUCUUGAAGGUUCAUCUUAUUGUGUAUUACGAACUCGGCUUUGUUGUCAAGUUAUUCGCAGUAAUGUUAUGAAUCAUAUUGGCAAUAAUAAUUCUGACAUACAGGAUACCUCAACUGCCAGUAAUUGUAGUGAGAAUCAAUCUCAGGCAUCUAACUGUUCUAACGAUAUUAGUUCACGUUCCAGUUCACCAGAUACUGAAUAUCAUUUCCUAAAUGACCUAGUUAUUGAUCGUGGCCUUUCUCCAUUUAUCUGUGAUCUCCUCAUUAAGGUGAAUGGUAGAGAAGUAACUACUGUAGAAGGCGAUGGUCUUAUUAUCAGUACACCUACCGGAAGUACAGCUUAUUCAAUGACAGCUGGUGCUAGUAUGGUACAUCCAUGUGUACCCGCUCUAGUGUUAACACCAAUCAAUUCAUUAGCUUUAAGUUCACGUGCUAUUGUUCUUCCAACAUCUAUAAAAUUAGAAAUCUCUAUUGCCAGUAAAGCUCGUUGUUCAACUGUACACUUUUCUUUUGAUGGACGUUCGCGACACUCAAAUUUAUUGCAUAAGGGUGACGUUAUCCUAGUGAGUGCUUCACCGUUCCCUGUUCCAUGCCUUUGCAGUGAAAAUGAGGUUACAGAUUGGUUUUGUGGAUUAGCACAUUGUCUUAAUUGGAAUCUACGUCGACGUCAAAAUGCAGUGAUCAAUUGUUGUCCCACAGACAAAUAAUUUUAAAGAUUCUAUGUUCCGUUCUUACGUAUUAAUUCCUCCUGUAUUUUAUCCUGCCUUUCCUCAGGUCUAUUUUAUUGUGAUUUAAUUUUCUUUAUGAUUUUGUUUAUCCGAAAAAUUACUUUUUGAACAUUAUUUUUCUUACUUAAUCGUAAAAGGUUUCCAUGAUUACUUAGUCAUACCUCUGGCAUAUAUUUUCAAAAUUUUCAACAAUAAAUCAGACAAAUUGUGGCCUGUUCUGCAUUUUGCUUCUUAACAUUGCUUUAAAAAUUACUAAAAUAAUUGGGUGCAAGCAAUGUUCAAGAUGUGUUGUGGUUAUAUUUGUU